GUACUAUUGUUCUUCUGGAAAUUUGCUAAAAUGGGCCACGCAGAGGUUGGGAUGCCCUUGCAACCAAAAUCACCAGAACAUCCAGCUAUUAGCCAAAAUUUGGCUGCGGCAGGUCCAACACCUGAUUCAAAGCCAAGGAAGAAGAUCUGUUGUGCCUGCCCGGACACAAAGAGGCUGAGAGAUGAAUGCAUCGUGCAGCACGGCGAGGCUGCAUGUGAGAAAUGGAUUCAAGCCCAUAAACAAUGCCUUCGGGCUGAGGGGUUUAAUGUUUGAUGCUUCAUAGGACAUUUGGAGUCAGCAGUCUUUUCACACCUGUGAUUUAGGCUCCAGAUGCUUUCUAUACCGAGUUAAAAUAAUUGACCUUCUCAUGAAGAUUCAUGAAUAAAAAUGGCCAAAUGUACUCGAGUGCCAUUUUCUCAGAAGAUGUUUGAUUAUUAUUUUGCAUUCUCAUUUAAGUUAUUUGAUUUUUGUUACAGAAUAUGCAAACAAACUUUUGACUUCAGCUUAGAAUAUACUUACAGAUGUCCCUUAAACCUC